UCCGUGGUGACGCACUUGGUGUCCGCGGAGGGAGGACGGUGACGGGGGCGGCGGCUGCACGGGGGAGGGGUCCGUGCUCUCCCCGUUUCCCCUACUGGCGCUGUGGCAGCCGCCGCCGCCAUGUUGGUUUGAGAGGCGAUGACAGGAGGCGGCCGUGGCGUGUGGGACUGAAAAGUGGAGAAUUAGGAGGAGCAGAAACAAAGCUCCGAGAGGAAACCCUUCCCGGGCUGAGGAGAGGGAGGACCCGGCCUCUUCCGGGGACCAGCCGAAGUCGGCGUCGCCCGGAGCUCGCGAGGCCGGGGAGGGGAGGGAAGGCGGAGACCUGGGAGGCGGCGGCGGGGGAGGCGGAGGCAGAAGAGGAGCGCUGAGAAGCCGGAGACUAUGCGCCCCGACCCCCGUUGCUGCCCGGAGGCGACCGCGGCCUGAGCCCCGAGGGGCUGUGGAGUGUCCCGACCGGCCCCAAGCACCCCCGCGCUCUCGGUCCUUCCCCCUCCGGGCUUUCGCUUUGGUUCCCAACUAGUUAAAUGCCCUUGAGCGCGGGUUUCCGCGGCCCGGCUCUCCGCCCCGGCGGUGCGAGUUGAGCCGUUUCCCCGCGCCGUCCGCGCGGCGCCCGGAGAGUGGCUCCUUAGGGUCCGCGUCCGGCGUCCGGCCACCGCUCGGCCGCCACUCAAGGGUCACGCGUCGAUGUGUAGCUACAUAGUUAUCUAUGUACAUCCACGCUGGGGCAUUUUUCUCCUGCUUAAUGAGGACUUGACUCGGGAGCGAGUGUGAAUCAUUGCCGGGGCUGGGAAAGAGGAAGGCGGAUUUAACCCCCUCCCACCCCGCUCCAUGUCCGUGUGUCACUCGGCUCGGUCCACCUGGCGCGGUCGGUCCUGGGGCUACUGCUGCUGCGGCUGCUGCUGACGACGACGAAAGGGGCUGCCGCUGCUGUCCCAGGAGUUUCCUCCCGCUCCGGCCACACAGCUCCUGGGGAUUGUUCCUUCUCGCACCAGAACCUCGGCCUGGCCCGCACUUUGGCCCCGAAAUAACUUAUUUUGGGGGGAGAAAGCACAUCACGAACCAGUCAGAAUCGUGAAGGUUUAUUUCUGUAGCUUGAAGACUUCUGCUCUUUUUUGUUUGUUGUAUUUUUUUUUUCCGUAAACAUCUGGGUAUAUGUCCAACGGCAAGAUGUCCAGUAAUGUCCCGGCGGAUAUGCCUCUUACAGCACAGCAAAGGACUUUAUAACACAAAAAUUGAACGAGCAAGAUGUUUUUACAUUCAGAUAAAUUUGCGCCUCAUUUUGGUAAGCGGAAAAACAAAAGAGUUCCUUUUUUCUCCUAACGAUUCUGCUUCUGACAUUGCAAAGCAUGUAUAUGACAAUUGGCCAAUGGACUGGGAAGAAGAGCAGGUCAGCAGUCCAAAUAUUCUACGACUUAUUUAUCAAGGACGAUUUCUACAUGGAAAUGUCACCUUAGGAGCAUUAAAACUUCCUUUUGGCAAAACAACAGUGAUGCAUUUGGUGGCCAGAGAGACGUUGCCAGAGCCAAACUCUCAAGGUCAGAGGAAUCGUGAAAAGACUGGAGAGAGUAAUUGUUGUGUAAUCCUGUAAACACUGUCUGCCUAGUGUGAUGCGAUAUAGUCUUUGUCUUUCAUGCUGCUGGGACAGAAAAGACCCGACAUUGCUUCAGAAACCGUUCAGAACAGUCUGCCUGUAAAUCCAUGGAACUGAAUUUUACCACAUGAACACUGUCAUCUCUUCUCAUGAAAGUAAAAAGAACCCAAGAACAUUUUUCGCUAUGAUUUUUUAUUUCUUAUAUUUUUAUGUUGAGCUGUUUUAAAACAUAUUGGUUUUUGAAUGCAGUCAGUCUCCAGGGUAAAAACUAACAAGUUAUCUUUCGUAGCAGAAACCAUUUUGCUGCCACAAAAUUUUCAUCAUCAGAACUAAUAAAUUAAGUAUUCCAAAUACAAUUUGCACUAAAAAAGAUUGACAUUAUUUUCCUCAUCAGCAGAAUUUAUAACAGUUUAUGGUACCUAGAAAUACUUAUAUAUAUAUAAUUCCACACUAGAAGACACUCAGCAAUUAAUGAAGUUAAUUACUGGGCAAACCUGAGAGGAAAAAAUGGAAAAGAAACUAAAAUGUUGGGUGAAUUCUACCAAAGUCAGCCGUGGUGGCUGCACCGGCACAGAAUACUAAACUGAGUGUGACUGUUUUCACUGCAGCAAAUGAAAAAAUGUGCCUGUUGAAAGCACUCAGUAGAGGGCUGAUUCUUUCCUUUAAGACAUGCACUCUUGAAUCCUACAGUAACUGAGUGCUUGUUUAGACAGCACAAGAAGAGGUGAGAGUGCGACUCCUAGCCUUAAUGUGUGGGAGGGUAGUUCCAGUCACUCAUCGGCUUUCAUUAUUGAGCAGAAACAUUAGAAAACCUCAUUGAUCGAUUUUAUGUAUUUGAAUAUCAGCAAAUUGAAUUUUCCAUAAUUAUCAUUAAUUUGGAACCACAUCCAGUGUCAUGCUUACUCCUUAGAGAGUUCAGAUGAAUUCUUAAAAAAACUCCAUAGUUCUAAUUUUGUUUCUUUAUAUAGUUUGCAUUUGAUAUUAGUGCUUGCAAUUGUAUUAAAAUCAAAAGCUGAUUUUUAUGGCAUACACAAAUAGGAAUGCCACUUUUUCUUUUGCUUUGUACCAAUAAUUUAAAGAUUGAUAUGCUAAAACAAUUUGCACAGCACUAAAGCAUGAGCUAGUUUCAUCUAAACCUGUAAAAAUAUGAAAGAUUUUAUAUUUUUUCACUGGGAAGAAAUUCUUCCUGGAUGAAAUUACAAAUAUGUGUAGAAUAUAUUUAAUAAAAGACUUAUAAAAUACCUAACUAUAGGACUUAAAUAUAGAUUGGCGUGUAGUAUAUAGAACAAUAUUCCAUAUAAAUAACUAGCCUCUAUAAAAAUGAAGUUGCAGGCUGACAUUACAUUCUGUACUUACUGUCAACAGCCCUUACAAACAUUAAAUGUAAAUGGUUUCAAAUGGUCAGCAUUGUUUAAAUGUAAUCAGGUUAUUUUAUUCAUUGUUAAUGCUUUGAUGAAAAGGCUUUAUAUGCAGUAGAUCUACAGAAAUAUUGUUCAUAAUGAUCAGAAUUAAAUUUGUAUAGAGCAGAGUUUUAAAACAAAUGUAAAUAGCACUAAACAUUUUCUUUCUGCAACCUGUACUUAUAGAUUCUUCCUGUAAACUAAAUAAAAACAAAAAAUCAUAGUGUAUUUUGGUGGUAAUUUUAAAGGUCUUGAUUAGGUCAAUAACUGUUUAAGCACUGUCCCAUUCUUUUAUUUCUUAAGCUUUUAAAAUUCAUUUAAUUAAUAUUCUGUUUUGGUUUGGGGAGUAUUCCCAGUGUAUCUUUGAUAUUUAACCUGGUUAAUUUGUACACAGUCACAACAAUGGAUAGAACUAUGUAUUCUGUUAUCACUAAAACGUUAUAUUCAAGAGAUGUUAAAUAUUUAUAUGCUUUGUUGACUAGCGGAAAGGUGAAUUCUGUUAGUGUUGACUAAAGAAUCUGGUAGUUGCCUAAUUGGGCAAUUAAACAAUUUAUGGCUCUAUUCUUUUGUAAAAUGAACUAGUAAUUUUAAUACCUAUUUCAUUCUAAUUACUUUUUUUUAAGGGACUGUCAGUUAAGAUUUUGUUUUUAUGAUGGUUAAAAAUAAUUCUCUCGAUUUUUCAAUAUAUUUUUCUGUGUUCUCUCAGAUUAUAUAUUUCCCUCAGUUUAGAGUUUUUGAUGUGGGAUAAACUGUUUCACUAGUAGAGAAAGAAUUGUGUCGCUUAAUACCUAAUAUCAUAGUUGUACAAAAUGAAAAAAGAAUAAAAGUAGCAGUAAAAUUAUAUACUGAAAACACCAAAAAUUUAGAUGCCUUAAUAGUAUAUAUGUGAAAAUACUCAGCUGUCCCUUUAAAAAUAAUUCCUUGGACGGCCUGAUGGUUAGAAUAUGAUUACUUAUAUCCAAGGCUAUUUUUGAAUAUCCCUCUGCCAAAAAUACAGCUCACUUAUCUAAAGGUGAGAGCUGCACAGAUCCAGUAAUGUACAUAAAGCCUGAAGGAUGAGCCUGUGCCCCUGCCUGACGCUGGUAUCUCACUCAUCUCUUUUACCUAAAUUGUCCUAAACGUUGUCAGGUGUUCUAGACAAGGCAAAGCUUUUCUUCUUUAUUAAAACCUUAGCAUGUCUCCCUGAUCUGAACUAUUUGCUUUCUCUUCAAGAUAAAUUGUAUUUUACCAUGAAAAAUACAGUAUCUAACAUUACCAUUCACAUUCAAUGAAGUUUCGUCAUAACAUUUAUCUUAAGUUUUAUGAAGUCAUCUUGACCAAUGUUACAGUAAUUUCUGUUAGCUGAUUGUGGUAAACAAUGUUUAAUGUGCAAAGAAAUUAAAACUUUCUUCAUCUGUUGUAGAA